UGUCCUUGUAAUUUAUGUUUACUUAUUUUCGUUUACAUCUUGUGUGGAGUCAAUUGUCCAUGUUCAUAACCUAAAUCCAAUUUUAUCACUUCUCACACCGAGAUUGGGUUGCAGGUGAGGCUCCGAGUGACGAGGUCAUCGAUAGCAAAAUCUUACCAUAUUGCAGCAUAGACAAGAAAGACAAGAAGACAUUAGGAGAGCUUGAGCAAGAAUUUCUGCAAGCUUUACAAGCAUUCUAUUAUGAGAAGAAGGCAAUUAUGUCAAAUGAGGAAUUUGAUAAUCUUAAGGAAGAAUUAAUGUGGGAAGGAAGCAGUGUGGUCAUGCUAAGUCCAGAUGAACAGAAGUUCUUGGAAGCUUCAAUGGCCUAUGUGUCUGGAAAUCCCAUACUGACAGAUGCUGAAUUUGAUGAGUUGAAGUUGCGAUUGAAGAAAGAAGGGAGCAGUAUUGUACAAGAAGGCCCACGAUGCAGUCUUCGUAGUAGAAAGGUUUACAGUGACUUGAAUGUUGACUACUUCAAGAUGUUCCUGCUGAAUGUGCCUGCAGCUGUCAUUGCUCUUACACUGUUCUUCUUUCUAGAUGAUUUGACUGGCUUUGAGAUCACUUAUCUUUUGGAGUUGCCAGAGCCCUUCAGUUUCAUCUUCACAUGGUUUGCUGCUUUACCACUAAUAUUUUGGUUAGCACAAGUAAUCACAAAUGCCAUCUUGAAAGAUUUUCUCAUCUUGAAGGGUCCUUGCCCAAAUUGUGGCACCGAAAAUGUUUCUUUCUUUGGGACUAUAUUGUCGGUGCCUAGUGGUGGUUCUACAAACACGGUCAAAUGCUCAAACUGUGGCACAACAUUGGUGUAUGACUCCCGUUCACGAUUGAUUACACUCCCAGAGCCAAGGGAAGCAUAAAGUUUCAAGAAUAAUCUUGCAGAAGAGCAACUUGAUGGUAAGGGUGCAUGUCGAACUCCAAAUUCCCUUAUGUAUAGUAUCGGAGAGAUUUCAUUGAACUAUUGCCGGUCAAGAUAAGUUUCUUCGGCACAAUUGUAUAUAAACCGACACUGUUAAAACUCUAGUUUUCUGCUACAGUUGCUUCAGUAGAUGAAUAAGAUGUAAAUCGACCAAAUUUCCUGAUGAUUAUCUAUGUAAUUCUUUGUUAUAUAAAAGGAUCCAAAGAAGAAAAGCUUUCUGUCAUCAA